AUGUCUAUGCUCAAUGACCACGAGUCAGCGAAGAAGCGAGUUUACUGUGUCGAGUCAGUCAGAGGCCACCGUCUCCACCACCUCCCAAUGCCCCAGGCUGCCACCCAGAAACUGAUGCCACGAACCCACUGCAACUCGGGGCUCGGGGGUUCUCCCACCUGUCCUCCUCCUCAGCGUCCUACACCUCCCUUUAUCCCGGCGAACAGGACGACAUUCAAUUCCAUACCUAGAUUCUCUUUCUCAGAUCAUAAACCGGCAUAUCGUGACCAGCAUCGGCGCAUCAUGGCCAUCUACAGCGCAGUCCCCCCUCCACCCAACCUGGACCCCGCGGAUGGGCUCACGGACGUAGCAUCGCCGCCUUCGCCUCCCCCCCAACCAUCCGUGGUGGUGCUCCCGCAGACCCCGAGCUACCUUCAGUCCAGCUCCCGGCUUGCAGACAUCGAGGCGUGGACUCUCUCGGCCCUCCAAUCGUUGCGCGUCAGUCCCAUCGCGCGUGGUACCGGAAGCCCGCUCACCAUUCCGCUCGACGAGGCCGCGCGCCUACAGCAUGCGCAAACCACCAUCCCCCAUCGCUCCGUCACCAUUGCCAUCGAUGCGCCGCCGAAAGAUCCCAUCCGACGGCCGCCGAGUUGUCGCGACAGCCAGAAGACGCGCGAGGCUCUCCUCAAGGGCCACGAGGGGAGUCGUCAGCGCCGUCGCUGGGAGAACGACGGGCAGACUACGCCACAACCUGUUUUCACUAAUGUGCACGCCGUCUCCACAGAUCGCCUCAUCCACGUUCCCAACGUCCAGCCCCCUCUCCCCUCCGACUUUGCCCCCCACCCGACCCACCCCGUCCAGAAAGUCCCCUACCACCUAGCGGCCUACUGGGACCGCGAGCCCAAGAGCGGCGCCGCAGCGCCCCUCCGACAGCGCUUCGACGAGAAGCACCAGGCGCAGCAGGCCCGGCGCAAGAAGCAGCAGCUCGCCAACGGGUCCGCCACCGGCCUCGGCGCCGGCAUGGUGCCCCGCGACCUGCGCGACUACGCCAAGCGCUCCCCCGCCGUGCGCAACUGGCUGCAGCACCUCGAGGAACCCGUGCGCGGGUUCGCCCAGCGGCAGAGGGCGGCCGAGGCGCUCGCGGCGGAUGAGGAGACGGACAUCGACGGCCUCGAUAGCGAGGAUGAGGAGAUUGUCUUCGUCGGGCGAAAGAACCAGGCGGCGGCCACCGCGACGAGGGCGGCGCGUGGGUGGAAGAGAGCGACGAGGGAAGUCGGCGGCAGUGGGGGAGCCGUCGAGUCGGGCGUGGUGUUUGACGAUCUGGGAGACGAUGAGACGGCGCCCUUCAAGCGCUGGCUCAUCCAUUCGCUCUCCACCUACUACGGUCUCCAGUCCCGCUCUGUCACGGCCGGGUCGCCUCCCAGGAGAGUCGUCUACGUCGGCAUCAAGAGCACGAUUCCGAAGCGGGGACGUGCCAACCCCUUCCGGAACGACAUGCCCCGGCCUCUGUGGGAAACGAUGGAACGGCACACGCCAGUCCCACUACCGGCGUAUUCCGGCGAUGAGAGGCAGCAGUUCGUUUGGCAUUUAGCCGCGGCAUCUAGCCACGGCAUCUUGGAAUAUAGGCUUCUUUGGCCAAUGACCUGA